AUGGACGAGGAGUUCGUGUCCAGGGAGGAGCUGGAGGAAAGGCUCAAGGCCUGGCUGCAGAAGUGGCCUGCGGACGCCGCCCUGCCCCCGGACCUCGCCAAGUUCGACACGGUCGACGCCGCCGUCUCGUACCUCGUUAGGUCCGUGUGCGUGCUCGACAUCGACGGAGAGAUUGGAUCCCUGCAGUGGUACCAGGUCCAGCUGGACUAG